GCCAAUGGGAGGACGCGAUGGCAGUCCAGCACCGGUGACAUCACAGCCCUCUCACAGACUACUUAAGGCACGACAUAGCAUAUUGAAGACCUCUUCUAUACUGUGCGCUCCACUGUGAACAUCAUUUUGCUUAAGACAAAUAAGCCGUGAAUUGUCUGCCAAACGAUCACCAGAAUGGGUAAAGAGAAGACUCAUAUCAAUUGCGUUGUCAUCGGACACGUGGACAGCGGGAAGUCCACCACAACCGGACAUCUGAUCUACAAGUGCGGGGGUAUUGACAAGAGAACCAUUGAGAAGUUCGAAAAGGAGGCCCAGGAGAUGGGAAAGGGAUCCUUUAAGUACGCGUGGGUUUUGGACAAACUGAAGGCCGAGAGAGAGCGCGGAAUCACUAUUGAUAUCACUCUCUGGAAGUUCGAGACUCCUCGGUAUUACGUGACAGUGAUCGACGCCCCGGGUCAUCGAGAUUUCAUCAAAAACAUGAUCACCGGUACCUCACAGGCGGACGUGGCUGUGCUCAUAGUGGCCGCCGGGACGGGA